GCGGUUCCAACAUGGCGGAGCUGACGGUGGAGGUUCGCGGCUCCAACGGGGCUUUCUACAAGGGAUUUAUCAAAGAUGUUCAUGAAGACUCUCUCACAGUUGUUUUUGAGAACAAUUGGCAACCGGAACGCCAGGUUCCAUUUAAUGAAGUUAGAUUACCACCACCACCUGAUAUAAAAAAAGAAAUUAGUGAAGGAGAUGAAGUAGAGGUGUAUUCAAGAGCAAAUGAUCAAGAACCAUGUGGAUGGUGGUUGGCUAAAGUUCGAAUGAUGAAAGGAGAAUUUUAUGUCAUUGAAUAUGCUGCUUGUGAUGCCACUUACAAUGAAAUAGUCACAUUUGAACGACUUCGGCCUGUCAAUCAAAAUAAAACUGUCAAAAAAAAUACCUUCUUUAAAUGCACAGUGGAUGUUCCUGAGGAUUUGAGAGAGGCGUGUGCUAAUGAAAAUGCACAUAAAGAUUUUAAGAAAGCAGUAGGAGCAUGCAGAAUUUUUUACCAUCCAGAAACCACACAGCUAAUGAUACUGUCUGCCAGUGAAGCAACUGUUAAGAGAGUAAAUAUUUUGAGUGACAUGCAUUUGCGAAGUAUUCGUACGAAGUUGAUGCUUAUGUCCAGAAAUGAAGAGGCCACUAAGCAUUUAGAAUGCACAAAGCAACUUGCAGCAGCUUUUCAUGAGGAAUUUGUUGUGAGAGAAGAUUUGAUGGGCCUGGCAAUAGGAACACAUGGUAGUAACAUACAACAAGCUAGAAAGGUUCCUGGAGUUACAGCUAUUGAGCUAGAUGAAGAUACUGGAACAUUUAGAAUCUACGGCGAGAGUGCUGAUGCUGUAAAAAAGGCUAGAGGUUUUUUGGAAUUUGUGGAGGAUUUUAUUCAGGUUCCUAGGAAUCUUGUUGGAAAAGUAAUUGGGAAGAAUGGCAAAGUUAUUCAAGAAAUAGUAGACAAAUCUGGUGUGGUUCGGGUGAGAAUUGAAGGAGACAAUGAAAAUAAACUACCUAGAGAAGAUGGGAUGGUUCCAUUUGUAUUUGUUGGCACUAAAGAAAGCAUUGGAAAUGUGCAAGUUCUUUUAGAGUAUCAUAUUGCUUAUCUAAAGGAAGUAGAACAGCUAAGAAUGGAACGCCUGCAGAUUGAUGAACAGCUACGACAGAUUGGUAUGGGUUUCAGACCUUCUUCCACCAGAGGGCCUGAAAAAGAGAAAGGAUAUGCCACUGAUGAAAGUACCGUCUCUUCUGUACAAGGUUCUAGGUCUUAUAGUGGAAGAGGCAGAGGUCGUCGGGGCCCUAAUUACACCUCCGGUUAUGGUACAAACUCUGAGCUGUCUAACCCAUCUGAAACUGAAUCUGAGCGUAAAGACGAGCUAAGUGAUUGGUCAUUGGCGGGAGAAGAUGACCGAGAGAGCCGGCAUCAGCGUGACAGCAGGAGACGCCCAGGAGGAAGAGGCAGAAGUGUUUCAGGGGGUCGAGGUCGUGGUGGACCACGUGGUGGCAAAUCUUCCAUCAGUUCUGUGCUCAAAGAUCCAGACAGCAAUCCAUACAGCUUACUUGAUAAUACAGAAUCAGAUCAGACUGCAGACACUGAUGCCAGCGAAUCUCAUCACAGUACUAACCGUCGUAGGCGGUCUCGUAGACGAAGGACUGAUGAAGAUGCUGUUCUGAUGGAUGGGAUGACUGAAUCUGAUACAGCUUCAGUUAAUGAAAAUGGGCUAGAUGAUAGUGAAAAAAAACCCCAGCGACGCAAUCGUAGCCGCAGGCGUCGUUUCAGGGGUCAGGCAGAAGAUAGACAGCCAGUCACAGUUGCAGAUUAUAUUUCUAGAGCUGAGUCUCAGAGCAGACAAAGAAACCUCCCAAGGGAAACUUUGGCUAAAAACAAGAAAGAAAUGGCAAAAGAUGUGAUUGAAGAGCAUGGUCCUUCAGAAAAGGCAAUAAAUGGCCCAACUAGUGCUUCUGGCGAUGAAAUUUCUAAGCUACAGCGUACUCCAGGAGAAGAAAAGAUUAAUACCUUAAAAGAAGAAAAUACUCAAGAAGCAGCAGUCCUGAAUGGUGUUUCAUAAACUGAAGAAGUUCCUAGUUUACAGUUCUUUUACAUUACAUUUUACAAUAGUGCUUGUACAAGCUUGCCAAAGAUAGAAUAUGGAUCGCCAGUCUUUACAUCGCACUUUCAGUUCCUCCAUUUGGAAUUCAGAAAGGGGAGGGAUCCUGAAGAAAUCAUAUGUUAAACAUACUUUGACACCUACUGUGUUAUAAAAUAUAUCAUCAGAUGUGCCUUGAGAAUAGUAUAUGUAACAUUAAAAAAAGUUGCUGGCUAUAGGAAAUGUUAUUUUGUUUUCAAAAUAUGGCAGAGAUGGGGGGAGGUGGGUGGGGGGUGGGAUCCCUAAGGGAAUAUUCUUUAUGAAAGCAUUAGCUGCUUUUGUUACAUUUUUAAUAAUAUGCAACCACUUCUUCACCUGAGGAAAACUAGAGUGAAAUGCAGUCUAAGAUAUUUUGCACUGAAUUGUAAUUUCGUCAUUAGUUUAGUCUGGAAACUGGUCUGUUUUAAUGUGUUUUUAAAAUGCUGUAUGUAGAGGAAAAUCUGCAGGCCACUGGAAUACAUUUGUUAAAUUCUCAUCUGCAGGGACACUGGGUGAUAUUGGCAGUGACUGUUCUACAUUGAGGCUUUGUUUGGUUUAUUUAUUAAAGUGUACAGUAUUUAAAAAAUCAAACAUAGCUUUAGUUAAAACACUAAGCUGAAUUAGUCAUGUCCAUUCAGACAUAACCUGAACUACUGAAAAGAUCAAUUUCCAGAAGGUUUAUUCUGUAUAAACUACAUGUUAGUCUUCAGUAGAGUAUCUUUUCCUUUUCUUUUUUCCCCCUUUUUCUUUUUUUUUCCUUUUUUUUUUUUUUUUGAUUUUGGUUGUUUGAUGUGCAAUAUGUUUUUGUAUGCAGGUAGUAAAUAAACUUUGAUCUUCCAUUUGCUGAUUUUUAACUUUCUACUUUUUAUACCAACUGUUGAAAAGUAGUUGGACCUACUUAAAGGCCUAGAGUAGUAUUCUGAUUGCUUUUUAAGAUGCAUUUAUACUUGCUCAUAAGUAGUAAAAUAUUAGCUGGUCAAUUUAUCAUUUUGUAAUGAAUCCUCUGAAAUCUUAGUACUUAAAAAAAUUUAGUGUGUUAGAAUAGAAUGGUUUAGGGAAUUGAUCAGAGAUUUGAUAUUAGGAAAGUCUUUGUAACAAAAUUCUAAUCAUAGGCAACUUUUGGAAGGCAUUGGGGUAAAAUCCAGAAUUUUACUUUUGCCUUUGAUUCUUUAUUAAAGUUAUUUUUAUAAAGAAGUAUAAUGAGCAGUUUUUAAAUAAGGAAUGUCACGAAUUUGAUUUUUGGUUCUUAAGGAAAUAAUUUUAAAGGUUCUUAUACUAAUGAAUGGAUUUUUGGUAAAUAUUUUAGCCAGAUGUCUUAAUUUUAGGAAGAUACAAACUUAAACGAAGUGUGUUGCAAGGUGAUAUCAAGUAGUUGUGGGUUUAUGGGAGUUGCUCUACAAUAUUAUAUAAAGACUACUGAGCAAGAAGAAAGCUCUUUCACUUGGCAUCUGAAAAGUAUUUUAUGUGCAUAAUUUAUGUUAAUUUACGUGCAUAAAAAAGCUAAGUGAUGUGAAUUUAUGGCUGAAGGACAAUUCAGGUUAUAGUUAAAAAUAUUUGCCAGGUCAGUGUAUGUAAAACCCUAGCCCUGAAAUUUAUUACUGUUGAGGUUAAAGUUGUGAUGAUAUUACAUGCUUUUUCCUAAAACCCUGAUAACUGAAAAUUUUAAGGUGUAGUGUGAAUAGUGCAGUCCUUGAACAUUGAAUAAAUAAUAUCAAGUAAUUUCAUAUCUUAAUAAAAUUACCCACAAAUGUCUUUUUUUUAAUCCACCAAAGUCAGAAACAUGUAAAAUUGUUGGCCUUUUUAUUCUUCUCUUCAGUAGUAGAGUUACAAAUUAAUUAUAAGGUAUGAGAAGAAUUUUCAUUAAUCCCCAAAUCGGUAAAUAUGAUAUAAAGAAAAUACGAUUUUUCAUUUUCUUCCAGGUAGAAUAUUCAGUAAAAUCCUCCUGUAAAGACUGUUUCAGUGGGAACGGAAGAAACACAAAAUCAUCUUAAGUGGGUUUAGCCCAGGGAGUUUUUUUAGAACUAAUAACCUGAUUCUAGGAAAUAAGUAUUAAGAUUUCAUGAUUUACAAAUGACUAAUCCCAAUGUCCUUUAGAAAUAUGUGCUGCAGAAUCAUGAUAGGCCUUUUAUCUUUUUUUUUUUUAAUAG